UGUAAUUUAACCCAAAAAAAAAAAACACUUUCUUUCGCCGCCAGCAGCCGAGCUCGCCUCCCCCCCUUCACUCUUUCUUUCUUUGUUUCCAGUCACAGUUCAGCCAGGUUAGCAGAUAGAGAUGUUAUACAUUAUAGGUCUUGGAUUGGGGGAUGAGAGAGACAUUACUUUAAGAGGAUUAGAGGCAGUGAAAAAAUGUGAGACGUUGUACAUGGAGGCCUAUACAUCUCUUCUAUGCUUUGGUCUUUCUACAGAUGGCCUUUCCACUCUGGAGAAAUUGUAUGGGAAACCAAUUAUCAUUGCAGAUAGAGAAAUGGUUGAAGAAAAAGUAGACAAUAUUCUGUCAGAAGCUCGUGGGUCUGAUGUGGCUUUCCUUGUUGUUGGUGAUCCUUUUGGUGCAACGACACACACUGAUCUUGUUGUUCGAGCAAAGACAUUGGGGGUUGAUGUCAAGGUAGUGCACAAUGCAUCUGUGAUGAAUGCAAUUGGAAUUUGUGGAUUGCAACUCUACCGUUAUGGGGAGACAGUUUCAAUACCUUUUUUUACCGAAACAUGGAGGCCUGAUAGCUUUUAUGAGAAAAUUCAAAGAAAUCGCAAUCUUGGAUUGCACACACUCUGCCUGUUAGAUAUUCGUGUAAAGGAACCAACAUUGGAAUCUUUGUGCAGGGGAAGAAAGCAGUAUGAACCACCUAGGUUCAUGACAAUAAACACUGCCAUCGAGCAGCUCCUGGAGGUCGAGCAAAAGCAUGGUGAAUCUGCAUAUGAUGAAGACACUGCUUGUGUUGGGAUUGCUCGGCUGGGAAGUGAGGAUCAGAUGAUAGUUGCAGGCACAAUGAGACAACUCCUUAUGGUUGAUUUUGGCAAACCUCUCCAUUGCCUUGUCAUGGUAGGCCAGACUCAUCCAGUGGAAGAUGAAAUGUUGGAGUUCUACAAGAUUAGAAGUGAGAAUUCAGAGCACAAAGGCAAUGGAAUUUCAUGAACAGAACUUCCUCCUGGUGUAGCUGUGCAAGUUAUUUUCUAAUUUUAUAUAGAGCCAAUAUUUGCUUUUAUUUGCGUCUAGGAAAAAAGUGAGACCCUUCAAAUUGUACAAUUUCUGUUUGUGCUAAGUUGUCAUAGUUUGGAUGUAGAGAACCAGCAGAUUUUUCAAUUGAAACCUGAACCAAUCCAAUUGUAUUGGAGAUCAAUAGCUCGAACCUACCUGGCCCAA